AUGGCGGUGGCAUGUUCUUGGUGCAAGGAAUCGUAUCAUCUCAAAAAUUGUUUUAAUCGAGAAAAGUUGGAAGAAAGGUGUGAUCGCGGUCAUCUCCGUGAAAUGAUCGUACCGCCAAAUUGGAUACUGCGUCUUCCAAGUCGUCAUCGAAAUAAGCAAAAACAGGCACCAAACCGACAAAGUCGGAAACCAACACGGCAGUUUAUUGUGAAGCCUAACGACUGGAUGGCUGGACCAUCGCAGCCGCUUCUAGUUUUUGUCAACCCAAAGUCAGGUGGAAAUAAGGUAAUUGUACAUGUUUUUUCCAAUUGCUAUUCUCCACUCAGUGCUAUCACUGUAGAAACAAGAUAGAA